AUGGGUAAUAACUCCAUUGUUGUUGCUGCCUCUGCAAAUUUGUGUGUUUUUGACUUUAUUCCAAGUACUAGCUCCAAUACCUGGAUAAUUGACACUGGUGCUUCUAAUCAUAUGACUUAUGAUGCUAAUUUUUUUGAUGAGUUGUUUAGUAACACCCGUGACCCAUACAUAACUAGUGCUAAUGGCUUGCCUUCUCCGAUUACAGGCGAGGGCACAAUCUCUCUCACUCCUCUAUGUCCUUGUCUCGUGCGUUACUAG